GGCACGAUGCGUGUGGUGGUGAUCGGAGCGGGGGUCAUUGGACUGUCCACUGCUCUCUGCAUCCAUGAGCACUACCACUCUGUCCAUCAGCUGCUGGACAUGAAGAUUUACGCGGACCGCUUCACCCCACUCACCACCACCGACGUGGCUGCUGGCCUCUGGCAGCCCUACCUCUCUGACCACGGCAGCCCACAGGAGGUGAAUUGGAACCAGCAGACCUUCGACUAUCUCCUGGGCCAUAUCCAUUCUCCCAACGCUGAGAAAAUGGGCCUGGCUCUAAUCUCAGGCUACAACCUCUUCCGUGAAGCCUUCCCGGACCCUUCCUGGAAGGAUAUAGUUCUGGGAUUUCGAAAGUUGACUCCUAGGGAGUUGGACAUGUUUCCUGAUUACAGCUAUGGCUGGUUCAACACAAGCCUGAUUUUGGAGGGGAAGAGCUAUCUGCAGUGGCUGACUGAAAGGUUAACUGAGAGGGGAGUGAAAUUUUUCCUGCGGAAGGUGGAAUCUUUUGAGGAGGUGGCAAAAGGAGGUGCGGACGUGAUUAUCAACUGCACUGGGGUGUGGGCUGGGGCGCUGCAGCCAGACCCCCUCCUGCAGCCAGGCCGGGGGCAGAUCAUUAAGGUCGAUGCGCCUUGGAUGAAGCACUUCAUUAUCACCCAUGACCCAGACAGUGGCAUCUACAAGUCCCCGUACAUCAUCCCAGGGUCCCAGGCAGUGACUCUCGGAGGUGUCUUCCAGUUGGGGAACUGGAGUGAGAUAAGCAAUAUGCAGGACCACAAAAACAUUUGGGAAGGCUGCUGCAGACUGGAGCCUACUCUGAAGAAUGCAAAAAUUGUUGGUGAGUGUACUGGCUUUCGGCCAGUACGCCCCCAGAUUCGGCUAGAAAGAGAACAGCUUCGCUUUGGACCUUCAAACACAGAGGUCAUCCACAACUAUGGCCAUGGAGGCUAUGGGCUCACCAUCCACUGGGGCUGUGCCCUGGAGGUGGCCAAGCUCUUUGGGAAAAUCCUGGAAGAAAGAAAUUUGUCCAGGAGGCCACCAUCCCACCUAUGAAGACUUCAGUGACUGCCACUUCCACAGAAGGAUUCCUGGCUCCCCUCAAGACUAAUCAAGUGCUCCUCUAUAAUCUG